AUGCUCCAUCGUCGAUUGUUCAGAGGAUGGGUCGACAGAAUCCAGGGCUAUGAAGAUAAGCAUCGCAAUACUCCAGAACAGGACAGUGAACCAUUGCGUCGUCUGUUGACAUUGGCCGCCAAGCACAAGAAUCGUCAGAUCACUCAUCUUAUUCUGGAGUACAACCGAAACAAAGGAGAAGUGUUUCACAAUCUUCUGAAGUAUGAGGCCAUUGAGACUGCCAUCAAGAGCAAAGAUACAGAGUUUCUCUCCUUCCUCCUGGCCAACAGCUAUAGUGGAGGUCCACAGGAUUCAAAGCAUCACAUCAACAUUAAAGAGAUAGAAUGGUCCCUGGUGGAUGACUUCCAACUCUUCAAGGUCAUCAUGAAGCAUGUGCACCAAUUCCAUUGCUCGCGCGAUACCAUCAGAUGGGAGAAGAAUCCAUCUCUCAUCAAGUCGAUUGGAUCAGUGUGCGAUGCACAGGAGUUCAUCACCUGGAUUGGCGUGCUUGCUGACUGCAUUCAAGACUACCAGAUACGCCAAAUACUCAGCUCCACCUUGCACCAAUACUUUAGCCUGGAGAUGCUCGAAAACAUGCACCGGACAUUCCCACAGGUCAUUCGAGAUGUUGAUUGGCUUUCAACUACCAUCUGCUCCUCCAUCGAGAACUACCUCAUCUAUCUCGAGUUCAAAGCAGGAAAGUCUGACAUUUUUGACAGCUCCACCUGCUUUAUCGAGGCUGCCGCUCUCAAUGGCAACCUGGAGCUGCUUCAACUGAUACAUUCCCAUUGCAUUGACACUGGACUGCCAUUCGCAAUUGGUUCGAUUUCCAUUGGCAUCGCAGUGGAACAUGGAGGGUGCAUAGAGGUCGUCUCGUUCCUAUUGGAUCACUUGGACAACGAGGUUAAAGUGUACAUAGUGGGCUCCAUCCACCCAUCGAUUCAGUCUGAUACUCUACUUCAACAACUUGUCACCCGUCCAAACAUCACUUUCAGCAGAUCGACACUCGAGAGCUUGCUUCUCUCCAGCAACUUUGAGAUGUUUAAGGCAGUGGAGCGUCUGAUGCAUCAGCGGCAACAGGUGAUGUCGAAAUCUGACUAUGAACAGCUCCUCAAUCAGAGGUUGGCAAGGUGGCCACUCUGA